UUAAUUACUCCUCCGGCACUCGCUGGACCUUCUCUCCUUCUCGCCUUCUCUCUCUUUCGCUCUCGCAUCCUUCUACCCAACAAUCCGACUACACGCAGUCGUACCGUCCCUGUGCACCUCCACAGCCCCUGGCUCGGCGUCAUCCCUCUUGCGCGUCACGUCGUCCCAGGACUAAAUCCGCCCGACCACUCUGCCGAUCACUCGGGCCCUUGCUCAAAGGAAUACACUUGAAACUGCCUCGUUCCUCUCUUCUAUUCUAAGACCGACACUUCACCUUCCAUUCCCCCCUUUGCGCCUCCAACACAAAACCUGCUCCUCUCUCCUGCUUCUCCCGACCUCGUGCCGUGUGUUACGCGACCCGUCACGUCUUCAGGGUCUCGUGGGCCGCCAAAUGAUGCAACCAUAAACUACAGACUAUGCCAACCAGUUCGAUUCGCAAUUCCUCGACCUCCACCUCGUCCCCCGUCUCAUCUACUCCGCGCUCCUUCCUCUCCCGCCUUGCGCCCUCGUUUGCCUCCAAGACUCGCUCCUCCGCCGAAUUCGAUAUCCAGCUAGACGAUCCACAUCGCCAAUAUGCCCCCGGUGACGCCGUGACAGGGACUGUGACCCUGAAGGUCUUGAAGCCAUUGCGCAUAACACAUCUGGUCAUAUCGCUACAUGGCUAUGUGCAGGUGUACAAAAAUCCGAAUACCCCGGGGGACGGCUACCGGGCCCACAACCCGUCGAUAGGCUCCGGCAAGGGUCCGAAGAAGGCGGGAUACUACGGGAAUGGGUUCGCGACCCUGUUUGAGGAAGAGACUGUCCUGUGUGGCGAUGGCAGCAUGCAAAAGGGCAUCUUCAAGUUCCAAUUCUCACUCGACUUUCCCUCCAAAACCUUGCCCAGCAGUAUCGAUUUCGAACGUGGGACCAUAUCAUACAUGCUGACUGCAACCCUCACACGACCAACAAGCAUAUCGCCGACCAGCACGAGGGAGCUGAGGGUAUUUCUGAUUGAGAACAUUGAUAUUGGGCCCAUCAGCGAGCCGAAGCCGCGAAAGAUAUCCCUGGAACCGCGAGCUGCCAAGUCGAAACCAAGGCAGCCUAAGAAAAGACCCCCGGCCGCCAAAGCACCAGAGACUGGAGACGCAGCAUCCACUUCAAAGGAUAGUCGUGUGGGCGAGUUGAAUAUUGGUGCGAAAGAAGACCUGGAGUCGCCUCGCAGUCCGGCGGCAAGCGAUGUCAGUUUUGAGACCCAGCCAAGCACGACAACAGGCUCAGGGGAAGAUCCUGGCACUUCAUCUGGCUCCGGGUGGCAGGGCAGUGGGGAGUUGAAGAGUGCAGGACUGACACCUAUCAAGAAGCAACCAAUCACUGCGACAAUCACCUUGCUCAAAGCUGGAUUCUUGCGCGGCGAUACAAUACAACUCACAGUGAACGUGACGCACACAAAAUAUAUGAAGAGUCUCCACGGGAUAAUCGUGACGCUCUAUCGGCAAGCUCGGGUCGACAUGCAUCCAGCGCUCCCAGUCAUCACUACAAAGGACGGCAAGAUGAAGGCUGAAGAAUACUUUCCGCGUUCAAAGACUGGACUUGGUGGCCUGUCAUUGUCGAAUUCCGGAUCAACUCACGUGUUUCGCAAAGACUUGUCGCAGUCGUUUGCGCCCUUGAUCAUUGACCCCAAGACUCUGACUGCUGAUGUAAAGGCGUCUGUCCGGGUGCCCGAGGAAGCCUUUCCCUCGAUAACGAAUGUUCCCGGUGCUAUGAUCACGUUCAAAUACUACGUCGAGGUUGUCGUUGAUCUACAGGCAAAACUGGCGAGCCUGGGGCGCUUUCUUCCAAACUCGGGAAUGAUGAAUAUUCCAAAUGGUUACGAGGACAAUUCUGGUAUCCGGCCCGAGGUCAACGGACCUGGCAUGUUCUCUGCUUGGGGUGGGAAUUUUAUUGAUACCACCCAGGUCCGGAGAGACAAGAGCGUCGUGGCCUGUGUGUUUGGGAUCAUUGUCGGCACAAGGGACAGCGAAAGGAGGAAGAAUAAGGGGAAACAGCCCACUGUUCAGCCUCCUGUAGUGGACGGACCACAAGCUCAACCUGUUCAGAAUGGCAACGGGUAUGAGCAGGGAGAGUAUCACCACUAUGAUGAGUCUCAAUAUUACGACUACGGGCAUCCCCCGGACCGAAACAUCGAUCAUCACGAUCACUAUUACGGGUUCGAGAAUCAGUAUGACGGGCACGAGAAUCAUCAGUAUGAUGCGCGAUAUGGUUACUACCCCGAGCACCAAUACGACAUGUCGCAUCCUCACGGGUAUCGUCUUCCACAUCUUGCUGUACAAGACGAGUCCCACCUUACAGACAAGGAGCGGAUACGCAGAGCUGAGCAACGGCUGCUGCCUUCUGAACCGCCAGCGGAAGGUAACGGUGAAUCUGCAGCUUGUGCACACGCUCCAUCGGCACCGCUUCUGACGGAAGACGAAGACCUCCUUUUUGCGCCUGCCCCUCGUACAAGGUCGCACGCAAACAGUAAUGCCUCCACUAUCCCACCUCCCUCUCCCUCGUUUCUCAGCGCAGGUCUAUCCGCUCCACCCGUGCCGUCGGCACCCCUUCCAUCACCACGUCCUUUGCGGGCCCCUGCGCCAGUGUAUACGUCGUCACCCGCACAUGAUGAGGCGUCCUCGUCACGUGUGCUCGCCGCAGGUCCGGCUGCAUCAGACGACAAGCAAGAGCUCCAGCGCCGGCGACUACAAGCCGAGCAGAGCGCUCCCCCGGCUUUCGACCCGAACUCGUCCAACGGUCCCGACGCCUCCGCCAUGACGGAGGAGGACGAACAGGACGCGAUUCCCACUGCACCUGAUCUCGCAGACUUGCAGCUCGGGGACGAUGCGCAUGAUACCGGACUACCGUAUGGCGAAGGAGCAUCGUCACACCACGAUCCACGGGCUCAUGUGCAGACUACUCCGCUGCUGCCUGCCUACAGGGAGACACGGGCUUCUUGACGCGCCAGAUUAGCAUUCUGAUUUCGCACGCAUGCAUGCAUUGUACAGCAUUUGGGACAGGGGGCGAGCG